AGCUCAGUCAUUGCGUACCAUUAGAUAAAAGUAGUUGAGUUGUGCGCGACUUCUUGAUUUUCACCAAUAGAACGUCAUAAUAUUUAAAAAGUUGAAAAUGUCCUGUUCAAUUAUUCAAUUGUUAUUUUGCUGUGCUUGUAUCUUAUUAUUUGCCAACGGUCAAAGUUAUAAAGAAAAGUACAGACUUCAAGUGCAUUUUUCAUUGCCAAAGGGUUGGGCUAACGAUCCAAAUGGCUUAAUAUACGUCGAUGGAUAUUAUCAUUUAUAUUAUCAAAAUAAUCCAGCAAGUACAAUAGUUGGACCGGUGCAUUGGGGCCAUGCUAGAUCUAAGGACCUAAUGCAUUGGGAAAAUUUGCCAAUUGCAUUGAAACCAGAUGGAAAAAAACAAAUAUUUAGUGGAUGUUGCAUUCUUGCAAAACGUAAUUUGAUUGGUUUGGCAGCAGAUGUAGGUAUAGCUAAAGACAAACAAUCGAAUAUUUUAUUGGCAAUAUACACUCAUCACGAUGACGUAGCUGAAACACAAGCAAUGUCAUAUUCAUUUGACAAUGGUACAACAUGGACUCAAUAUAGUGGCAAUCCAAUAAUCAAGAAUCCUGGAAGUCCGGAUUUUCGCGAUCCAAACAUUAUUGAGCGCAACGGCAUAUUCUAUAUGGCACUUGCUGUCAACGAUCGCAUUUCAUUUUACUCGAGUACCAACUUGAAAUCGUGGAAAUAUCUGAGCAGUUUUGGUAUACAGCCCAUCGAAGGCGACCACUCUGGUGUUUGGGAAUGUCCUUCGAUUAUCUCACUGAAAGAUGAGCAAGGCAAAAAACACGAUAUUUUGAUUGUUUCUUUAAAUCCAUCAUCAAGAGGCAGCGCUAUGCAAUAUUUUGUUGGCGCAUUUGACGGAGUCCAAUUCAAAAGCUACGGAAAAUCAGGAGUUUUAUGGCUUGACAAUGGAUUUGACAACUAUGCAGCUAUUCCAUAUCACAAUGAUCCACACGAUCGAGCCGUGAUUAUUGGGUGGAUGUCAAAUUGGAUGUAUGCAGCAAAUAUACCAACAUCUACUUGGCGUGGUCAAUUUACAAUUCCACGGGAGUUAUCACUCAAAACUGUUAACGGCGUACUUCAUGUUUCUCAACGUCCAGUUGAUGAACUAAACAAAUUGAUUGAUCCAUUAAGAACAUGGUCAUUAAGAAAACCGAUAGAUUUAGGCGGAAAACAAACAAUUGAUUUAACGCAACAAAUUCCAUUCAAAACUGGAUCCUUGCUUAAAAUGGAAUAUGUUCUCGAUAUCGGUUGUGCGAAGAGUGGAAAAGUUAGUCUUCAAUUCGGCAAUGAUCUUGGCGAAUUUGUAUCGUUUAAUUUCGAUAUUACAAAAGGAAUCUACGAAUUAGAUCGUAGCAAAUCCGGAAAUGUUUCAUUCCACCAUCGCUUUGCAGAAACUGCUCGCGCUAAUAGAAUUAGUACCAGUAAGUUGCUUUCUGGACUAGUGAUUUUGGACGUUGCAUCGAUCGAAAUCUUAGCUGAUGAUGGUCUAAACUCAUUUACUAAUUUAUUCUUCCCAAAUAAGCCAUUUGAAAACAUCAAAAUUAUCAGUAAUGUAGAGAACACUUCAAAGUGUAUUAAAAUUCAAAAGAUAAAUGUUGCAGUUCUUCGUAGCAUUUGGAAAUAGUCAGUUUCAUUUUCCUAAUCUUAAAUAUAAUAUUUUAAAUAAUUAUAUAAUGUUUCCUCAUUAACAACGACAUUUACCUUAAAUUGAAAUUGUAUGUUUUGAUUUUUCCAUUAUAAGUAGAAACAAUAUAUCAAAUUUUAUUAUGUGUAUUAAUAUUUAAGUUUUUCUGCAAAUAAAGAAAUAAUAAAAAAUUG